AUGCAGGAGAGGGCGAUGGAGCUGAGGGGGAGGAAGAGGAGGGUAGACGAGGUGACGAGGGAGAAGGAGCGCGGGGCGAGGGUAUGUCUAAUCAUCGCAAGUCAGCUGGUGGAAGUGAAGGGUGUUGCGGAGUGUGUACUAGAGGUGCUAGAGAGCGCGUUGCGGGCAUGGCCGUCGGACGUGACAGUGGCCGAGCCAUUUUUGUUCAACCUUUCGACGGUGUAUGAGUUGCGAUCCGCCACGACCGCGGCGAAGCGUCAACUUCUGGUCGAAGGUGCCUGCGAACUAGGAACGAUGUUCACCACCGUAUCCAUAUGGUGA